CACGCAGCUGCACCGUCAGGCGUGCGCUUCGUCACCUACGGCGCAGAGUACCAGCCGUCGCAGCGCAAGCGCAAGCGCAAGCAUGGCUUCCUUGCGCGCCUGCGCACGCGCGGCGGACGCAAGAUGCUGGCAAGGAGACGUGCGCAAGGGAGACGCUUCUUGAGUCACUGA